UUUUUGAAAAAUGGAAAAAUAAAAUUCAACACUAUAUAGCUACUGCUCUGUGUAUUUGCGUCUCUGCGUUUAGCCUCUUUUUACAGGCUCUGUAUCUCUACUUUUCUAAUUUUUCAUUUUCGUUUUUAUUUUUUUUCUCCUUUGAUUUUUAUUAAUUUUAAUUCUUCAUUUUUCAUAGGCAAACAUUUGCAUUAGCUUUAGCAAAGCUUCAAUCAUAGCUUCAGAAGGACGAGAAACAUUCCCCACAAGAUAUAGACUUUACAUAAAUUAAAAAAUAAAAAGAAAAAAAGGAAAAGAACUUUUGUAACUUGAUUUUGAUAUUAGAAUUUGUUGUGCAGUUCAAUUGUGAAUUAGAUUUUGUAUCAGUGUAUUAUUCAACAAGUGAAGAAGAGAAAAAAGAAAAACAAAGGAAAAAAAAAAGAUUUCCUUAAAAGUUUUGAUCUUCUAGAUUUUUUUUUGGUUCAAUUUGUUGUUGUUGUUGUUGAUUAAGAGAAAAAUGGAUAAGAAGAAGGUGGCAGUGCCUCUAGUGUGCCAUGGGCAUUCACGUCCUGUUGUGGAUUUGUUUUAUAGUCCUGUUACUCCUGAUGGAUUUUUUCUCAUUAGUGCCAGCAAAGAUUCUAGCCCAAUGUUGAGAAAUGGAGAGACUGGAGAUUGGAUUGGGACCUUUGAAGGACAUAAAGGUGCAGUAUGGAGUUGCUCCCUGGAUACAAAGGCAUUACGUGCAGCAUCUGCUUCUGCAGAUUUUACAGCGAAAUUGUGGGAUGCGUUGACUGGGGAUGAGUUACACUCUUUCGAGCAUAGGCACAUUGUCCGGGCAUGUGCAUUUUCAGAGGAUACACACCUACUACUCACUGGUGGAAUGGAGAAAAUUCUUCGUUUAUUUGACUUGAAUCGUCCAGAUGCACCCCCAAGAGAAGUUAACAGUUCACCUGGUUCAAUCAGAACUGUUGCAUGGCUUCACAGUGACCAGACCAUAUUAAGUUCUUGUACUGAUAUGGGUGGUGUGAGGUUAUGGGACAUAAGAAGUGGCAAAAUUGUUCAAACACUUGAGACAAAGUCUCCUGUAACAAGUGCUGAAGUGAGUCAGGAUGGUCGGUACAUAACUACUGCUGAUGGGUCAACUGUUAAGUUUUGGGAUGCAAACCACUUUGGCCUGGUUAAAAGCUACAAUAUGCCAUGCAAUGUGGAAUCAGCUUCAUUGGAACCAAAACUUGGUAAUAAAUUUGUUGCUGGUGGAGAAGAUAUGUGGAUCCAUGUAUUUGAUUUCCACACAGGAGAACAGAUAGGUUUAACUAAUGCAUUUACAUGUAGGAUGCAACAAGGGUCACCAUGGACCUGUUCACUGUCUGAGAUUCUCUCCAGGAGGGGAAUCUUAUGCUUCAGGAUCUGAAGAUGGAACCAUAAGAAUAUGGCAGACAGGCCCUCAGAAUCAUGAUGAGAACGGACCGACUGGAAAAGCGAUGGCAUCAGCGGACGAUGUUACCCAGAAGAUCAAGGGCAAGGAAGGGAAAACUGCCGGAACAGAUCCCUGACUAGGCAUUAGACAGUUUGUUUUUAUUUUGGUCUGUGCUUUAGUGUGAAGCUGUAGGCAUGUGCAUGUGUGACAUUUUGAUGAUCAACCUGCUUUGGAAAUAAAAAUUAGACGAAUCUUUUGUGAGCAAGAAAAUGUUGUUAUUAUUAUCA